GACAGGUGACCCUCUAGUCCAAUUAGAGUGCACUGGCCGUAAUUGCGUCAUCUUUAUGCGACGGCCCAAAUGCAAUCGUGCAGUUAGAGGUUGUUGCAAAUGGAAGAGUCGACAAAGGGUGCAAUGAUCACAUCUUAGAUACGGUUUACUCAAGUAAAGCCAUGGCUUCCCGGCGGGCAGGUUACAUGAGCAGCGUGGAUUCUCCUUCGCCAAAUAGUGGCAACCGGAAGACGAGUAUCAACAUUCCUGACAGGCCAGGGGUAGAAUCCUGCUACGACCGCAAACCAGACAAGGUUGUAUAUGGCAGUGUGAGUGUAACAUCGCUGAAGUCGCGUCUCGCACCGACCAUUCAAACUGCCAUGUCGGCUGCAGUUGAUACUCUCCUAUGCGAAGUGGUGCUUGUGCUCAAUGAAACUCACCAAGAGUUGCUGCACAAGGAACAAGAGAAUGAGAGGCUCAAAGUGCGCCUGGAGGUGUCAGAGAGGGAGUUGAAGACGAUGCACGAUUGUCUGUGCAGUGCUCAGAAGCUCAUAGACCAGCUUCAAAUCUCAUACACUGGCCCCCACAACAUCGGGCAGUCGGUUUUUACUCCGAAUUCACUGUCCUCCAUGGCGGCUGGCAUCAACCGGGGCCAUCAGAACACUCGAAACGUGAACGGGGCUGCCAUCGACUUGGGUCUCGGUGGUUCUGCGGAUGACUCGCUUCAAGGAUUUGAGCCAAGAGAUGACUACAAGAUAUGCCAGCUGUCUAUUCAACCAGAUGGUUCUGUGACCAACCAUACUUUGGACUCCUUUGAAACAGACGCGUCUCACAUGUGUACGGAUGCCAACAGACCAGAAGAGAGGCCAUCUCAGGGACCGGGUGAAGCUGCCAGCUUUGAGAUCAAAGUGGAGCAGGGACAAACUUCAAACUCCAGUCAAAACAACAGGAAGGACACAGUUGGCGAUGGAGAACAGUCAACCCAGACCAUGGGUGAUCUCGGUUAUGUUCAGGUUGGAGAAGGAGGAAGUUCCCAGCGUACCUUCACCCACACUCUGCUCCACCAGAGGGCUGCUCGAGAAUGCACCAGUGCCCUGCAGCAGCGACUUCUUGAUGGGCAAAAGCCGCCGGUGCGGACUUCUGGACCCGGAAGAGGUCACAGUGUUUCACCAGGUAGAGCGGGAGACUCAGCUGGACCUUCGGGUGCCGAGGCGCCCGUUGAGCCUUCCGAAGAUCGUCCUCAUCACUGUUUAGAGUGUGGAAAGACCUUCCGUCUGAUUUCCAGCCUGAAGAAGCACAUCCGCAUUCACACGGGAGAGAAGCCGUACCCAUGCAGCGUGUGCGGCCGCUGUUUCCGCGAGUCGGGCGCCCUCAAGACACACCUGCGAAUACACACUGGGGAAAAGCCGUACUCAUGCUCAGAGUGCGGCAACUGCUUCCGCCACUUAGACGGCCUGCGCAAACACCGGCGCACGCACACCGGAGAGAAGCCGUACGUGUGCGCCAUCUGCGGGAAGCGUCUGAGCCGCCUGCAGCACCUCAAGCAUCACCAGCUCAUUCACACGGGCGAGAGGCCGUGCUGCUGCCCCUUUUGCAACCGCAGCUUCAAGGAGCCCGCCGCACUUCGCAAGCACAUACGGACACACCCGGAGGACGGUGGCCACAUGGCGAUCGGUGCCACGGACGAAGCUGAACCCGACCCGAUCGAUGACAUGAACAACCUUCACCCUGCGGCUCCGUCCCCGCAGCUGAGGUUCGGGGAGUGGGGAGCAGAAGAGGAGGACAACUCAGUUGUUGACUCUGUGUAGAGAGCUAAACAAUGGUGGAGCACUCACAGACCCAAAAGGGGGCCCAAGGGGGACAUGGUUGUAAAUACAAUGGAACAAAAAAAAUGGACAAGGCAUGGUGGUGACUAGUUAGUAUAUCUGCCUCACAGUCCCAAAUCCCAGCCCCCACUUGGGUGGAGUUUGCUUGUUCUCCCCGUGCCUGUGUGGGUUUUCUACGGGCGGUCCGGUUCCCCCCUCCCAAAUACAUGCACGGUAAAGUUGACUGUAAAUUAUUUGCAGGUCUGAUUGUGAGUUUAAAUGGUUGUUUAUAAGUGCUCUGCAAUUGGCUGGGGACCACUUCAAGGUGUACCGCGCCACUUACCCACAGUCGGCUGUGACGGGCUCCAGCACGCUUGUGACCCAAGUGAGGAUAAGCGAUAUAAUGGAUACAAGCAAAAUGGGACCGUUCAAUUUGGCAUUACAGGUUUUUGCCACCAAGAAAGUCAUUAUGAAAAUGCACUAACAGGCCAAAGCAGCAGGUGGCUCUCUUAAACAGUAAAGUCAUGUAAGCCAGUCAAAUCCUGAAAUGCCAGCUUUUGUUUUUUUAUUUUUAUUUUUUAUUUUGGACAAUAGUACCUUGAGGGAAAGGGGAAUUACUGGCAACUGAUUGGCAUUACAAUAAAUAAUAAACAACCAUCCAUUAAUGUUUUAUUGCGCCUGUCUUCAUUAUGCUUGCAGCUAAACUGGGUCCAAUCCACACUGACUUUGUUGACAGUUGGGGUUCCACGCCCUGAAGUGGUUGCUGAGCAAAGCAAACACAAACUAUUGAUUUCACCAUCUAAGUCAAAAAGACAUCAUCAAUGAGAUUGUGUGUGUGGGGGGGAGGAGUAUGAACACUUCAGAAGAUGCUUGUGCAUGAAUGUUUUUUAGAGAAACUUUUCUGGUUUUAGUCUUUGGUAUUAAUAGUUUGCAUGAAGUUCAUCCAAUGCCGUACGUAAAUGUGUUAGUCUGCUUCCAAGCAAUUUGACCAAACUGUUGAGGCUAUUUAGGAAAGUGCCUUGAUUUAAAAAUGUUAAGUGGGUCCAAAUCGGCAAACAUUGUCUCCAUGAAGUCAUUCUUGGAUAUUGUUUAUCCAACAAUUGUGAACACAAAUACAAAGUGAUUUCAAAUAUAGAAUUACUUAUAGCUAAACAGGGUACUUGAGUCAUUGUCUAUCACUCAAUUUAAAUCAUCAGCCACCACAUUAGGCGCACAAAAUAAAAGCAUCGGUUCUGAGCAAAUGACGAAGAGGCAAAAUAAUGUAAACAGAAUAGCCAAAAGUUUUUCUGCUACAUUUUCAAGAGUUACAAUGUUUGUAAAUAAUUUUACCAUUUUUGUCAAAUAGAGGUUGCUUUUGAUGUAAAUCCUUUUUUAUUUUUUUUUAUUUUUAUUUUUUUUUAUUUUUUUUUUUACUUACAACUACUAAUCUUUACCUCAUGAUGUAAAUCUUAAUUUAUUUUCCUCCUAGUUGUAUUCUGAAUAAUCUCUGCAGCCUUCAAUUUAAAAAAAAUGUAAUACAGUACAGGUACAUGUUUUCAUGUAUGCUGUAUUUUAAGCACCUGCUAUUUAAACUAAGUACUGUAUAGCUUCAUGGGAAAUGGUCUAAAUGUGAAAUGUUUGUUGUUGUAUACCCACAAUAUGGUUUGGUAGUUUUGUUAAUGCUGUAGUUUUUUCUUAAAUGACAUUAAAGGAGGCCUUUGCAUGUACCUUUAAGAUCAAAACAAGAAGGCAUAUUUCAAUGUGACGUUUCUAUGCUUCUGCAUUUAAACUGCAAGUCUAUCCUCCAUUACCUGUUUAAUGUGCUGGAAAUGUUCCUGUACGAAAAGGCCUUAUUUGUAUUUAAACUUUUUGGCAAAACAAUUUUGACUUAGUGUUUUUUUUUUUUUUUUUAGGUUGCAUCAUGGUUUUUUUUUGUGUGUCUACCAAAUAUAUGAUCUCUGCAUGCCAUCUUUCAUUUCCUUGUCACCUUCCUGCAGAGCGGUCACCGUCUCAUACAGCAAAGAAAAGACAUUUGAGUCUGAGAGGUGCACACUAAAGAAGAUCUCCUGAAACUAAGAAUCAUUAUUCAUGCCCAUUCAUUUUUGCACUACUCGUAAAAAGUUGGGGAUAUAAGCUUCUGAGGAAUGAAGUACAAUACAACCUACAAAAAUUUAAAUAUCACACAGCCAUAAGUCUUCAGACCCGUUGCUCAAUAUGUAGUAGAAGUAUCCGUUAGAGCUAGUAUAGCUAUGAUUUCUUUUGGGGAAUGAUGCAACAACAUUUUCAGGUCUCCAGGAUCAUAAUUGGGUUUAGAUCAGGGCUCUCGCUGGGCCAUUCAAGAACAGUCACAGAGUUGUUCUGAAGCCACCCCUUAGGCAUUUUAGCUGGUCAUUGUCUUGUUUGAUGGUGAACUUUAAGCCCAGUCUGAGAUCCUGAGCACUCUGGAGAAGGUUUUCGUUGAGGAGAUCCCUGUACUCAGCUGCAUUCAUCUUUCCUUCGCUUUCAACCAGUUGUCCUGUCCCUGCAACUGGAAACCCCCCACCACAUGAUGGUGACACCAGCAUGCUUCAUUGUCGGGACCGUAUCGAACAGUGCUUGGUUUUCUCCACACGGCCAGGAAUUCUAGCAUGGUCUCAUCAGACUCGAGAGUCUCAUUUCUCACCAUCUUUGAGUUUUUCAGGUGGUUUUUUUUCCUUAGCAAACUCCAUGUGGGCUUUCAUGUGUCUCUCACUGGGGAGAGGCAUCCGUCGGGCCACUGCUGUAAAUCCCUGACAUGUGGAGGACUGGAGUGAUAGUUGACUUUCUAGAACUUUCAACUCUAUAUCUGGAGCUCAGCCACAGUGAUUUUUGGGUUCUUCUGUACCUCUUUCACCGCAGUUCUUCUGCUCGGUUUGGCCAGAUGGCCAGCUCAAGGAAGGGUUCUAGUCGUCCCAAACAUCUUGAAUUUAAGGGUUAUCGGGGCCAUGGUGCUCUUUUGAGUCUUAAGUGCCGCAGAAUUUAUUUAUUUUUUGGUAACUUGGGCAGGUCUGUGCCUUGUAUCUUCUCGCUCUUCAGGCAGUUCCUUUGACCUCAUGAUUGUCA